CGGGCUGCGGUCCCGCCUCUCGUUUUGCUCCCGCCAGGCACCCUCUGCGCUUUCCGUCACCCACCACCCGGAGUAACGGGGGGCGCCGGCCGCCCCAGGCCCGUCUGUCCCCACCCCCCGUGCCAGGGGCGCGGACGGAGAACCUCAUCCCGCCCGCCCAGAGGCGUGACUCCACGGAGCCCGUCCCCGUGGCACCGGGCACUGAUCGCCAUGGCCAGGCGGAUCGCCCAGGAGCUGGAGGAGGCGCGGCGCUGGGAGGGGGCCCGCGACGUGCGGCCGCUGGACGGGAACGUGCGGCGCUGGACGGGGCUUCUGCUGCCCAACAACCCCCCAUACAACACGGGCGCCUUCCGCUUCGAACUGACCUUCUCCCCGAACCACCCGCUGGAGCCCCCCUGCGCCACCCCCCCCCCCCCCCCCCCCCCCCCCCCCCCCCACCCGCUGGAGCCCCCCUGCGCCACCCUCCGCACCCCCAUCUACCACCCCAGCGUGGACCUGGGGGGCCACGUCUGCCAGCCCCUCACCACCCACGGGCACUGGGAGCCCACCACCCGCGCCAUCCAAGUGCUCCAGGACCUGCUGCUGCAGCUGGACAGCCCCGACCCCCAGCGGGUGCUGCGGCCGAACGUGGCCCGGGAGCUGCAGGAGCGCCCCGAGGAGUUCCGGCGCCGGGCAGAGGAACACACCCGGCUUCACGCCGAGCCGCGCCCCGACCCCCGGACGUGAGGCAAU